GAAAUUACUUUGUAUUUAUAAUAAUCUUCCCAACUAUAUAAACGCAUUAAGCUGUAAUGUGUUAUAUCAUUAUUACAUUUCACAUGACAUUUGUUACUGUCAAGUGUUAUGCACUUGUCUUCGUCGUUUUCCUCGUUUGGUGGUGUGUAUUGCUUAAAUUUUCCGCAGAAGAAAAUCUGGUGAAAUUUUCACAUAAGCCGAACAGUGUAAAAACUUUAUGCGUAACGUUAUUUUCUGCCUCAUAACGCACAAAAACGCAUUUUUGAUUUCAAAUAAAUUUAUUGGCUUUGAUGGCGAUAAUUGAAAAAUUGGGUGCAACUAGCAACUGCGACGAAUGUGUGUGAGUGGUGAAAAUAAUUGGGCAGUGUGUGCGAAAAAGAAAAUCAGUGCUGAGCUUUGCCUGCAAAUCACCCACCCGCCACCCAAAUAUUAAGAAAAAAUCGAAUGAGAGGCUGACGACGACAAAACUGUUGUUUUUGCCAAUUCUUGCCUAUGACAAAAAUAUAAACUCGUCAGCACAAUUGUGUUAAAAAAGGAGUCGAUUUUACAUAGCUCCAGAACACCGAUCUAGCAAACAAAAACGGCAGCAAUAUACGGCCAAAGAGGGUGAUCUAUAGCUCAGGAAGUGCACGCGUGCUGAAAUAGCUUUUCCAAUAGAUCUUCGAAAACAAAAAGCAUAUUGCAACAACAUAUGAGACGCAAUUACAAGAGCAAUCUGGUACUGGACAGGCAACCAUAUUUGUAGUACGUAUAAAGUUAGGAAAAACGGGAAAACCAACGAUUUAGUGGCGUUGUCAGCGACGUACCAAUCGACCACAACAAACAGGCGGCAGUAAUAAGCUUUUAAUUGUUUAGCAACGCAUUGCAUACAGUGGGCGGAUAUUUGUAGGGUAUUUAAUAACACAAACGUUGGCGUGAACACGUCAUGUCCGACAUCAUGAAUAUUGAUAGCAUUAUUUCAAGAUUAUUAGAAGUGCGUGGUGCCCGACCUGGUAAGAAUGUACAACUAUCGGAGAGUGAAAUUCGGGGGUUAUGCCUGAAGUCACGCGAAAUAUUCCUAUCUCAACCGAUCCUCUUAGAACUGGAAGCACCGUUGAAAAUAUGCGGCGACAUACACGGCCAAUACUACGAUCUGCUGCGCCUCUUUGAAUAUGGCGGCUUUCCACCAGAAUCAAAUUAUCUAUUUUUGGGCGAUUAUGUGGAUCGUGGCAAGCAAUCCUUAGAGACUAUUUGCCUGUUGCUGGCUUACAAAAUAAAAUAUUCGGAAAACUUUUUCUUACUGCGCGGCAACCACGAAUGCGCCAGUAUAAAUAGAAUUUAUGGUUUUUACGACGAGUGCAAGCGUCGGUAUACUAUUAAGCUUUGGAAAACGUUUACAGAUUGUUUCAAUUGUUUGCCAGUGGCGGCCAUUGUUGAUGAAAAGAUUUUCUGUUGUCAUGGCGGUCUCAGUCCUGAUUUAUCGUCUAUGGAGCAAAUAAGACGCAUUAUGCGUCCCACAGACGUGCCGGAUCAGGGAUUGCUAUGUGAUCUAUUGUGGUCGGAUCCAGAUAAAGAUACAAUGGGUUGGGGUGAAAACGAUCGCGGUGUGAGCUUCACAUUUGGCGCUGAGGUUGUUGGGAAAUUUUUACAAAAACAUGAUUUUGAUUUGAUUUGUCGCGCGCACCAAGUUGUCGAGGAUGGUUAUGAGUUCUUUGCCAAGCGACAAUUGGUCACAUUAUUCUCGGCACCAAACUACUGUGGUGAAUUCGACAAUGCAGGUGCAAUGAUGUCUGUGGACGAUACACUAAUGUGUUCCUUCCAAAUAUUGAAACCGGCCGAUAAACGUCGGUUUGUCUAUCCGAAUUUCGGCAGCUCGGGGCGUCCGUUGACUCCGCCACGCGGCGCCAACAAUAAAAACAAAAAGAAAUAAACACAGCUACAUACAAAAUAGCAACAAAUUAAAGAAAAGAUGAAAAUGUGCAAAAUUAGCUAAUACAAGUUGAAGCAUACAAAUACAAAAACAACUAAAAAAGGUAAAAUCAAUCGAAUAGCUGGAAAAAUGUGAAGAAGAGAAAAAAAAAAUAAAGUAAAAAAACGAUGUAAAAUACAAAUCACAAAACACUGUUAUGGCAAAGAAUUUCCAACAACAAUGGAAAAUAAAGGGGAAAUGUUGUAAAGUAGCGACGGCCACAUAAAAUUACACACACACACACACAGUGCAUAAACAUACAAACAAGUGCAGCAAAAGGCACCAAUACAUAUAUACAC